AGGAAAAUAGUAAUGAGACUAUGACGAUGAUGCUGGUUGAAAGAAUCCGAAGAGUGUCUUGUCAGAAGAUUUGAGUUGAUGAGACAUGGGAAUAAUCAGCACAAUAUUGGGUGUGAUUGGUUUUGGAUUUGGAACAACGAUCGGAAUCGUCAUUGGUUACUACUUGUUCAUCUAUUUCCAGUCUACUGAUGUUGAGGAUCCUGAGAUCAAGCCAUUGGUGGAGUUAGAUUCAGAGACUAUAGCAACAAUGUUCCCUGAAAUACCUAUGUGGGUGAAAAAUCCUGAUUUUGAUCGUAUUGACUGGCUUAACAAGCUUAUUGGCCAUAUGUGGCCUUAUAUGGACAAAGCUAUCUGUAAGAUGGCCAAGUCAAUAGCCAAACCCAUUAUCGCUGAGCAAAUUCCAAACUACAAAAUCGAUUCAGUUGAAUUUGAAAUGCUCACUUUGGGUUCAUUACCACCAAGUUUCCAAGGAAUGAAAGUAUAUGCAACUGAUGACAAAGAAAUUAUCAUGGAGUUGUCAGUGAAAUGGGCAGGGAACCCUAAUAUCAUUGUUGUAGCCAAAGCAUUUGGGUUAAAAGCUACUGUUCAGGUGAUUGAUUUGCAAGUUUACGCUACUCCAAGGAUUACUCUGAAGCCUUUGGUUCCAUCAUUCCCCUGUUUUGCCAACAUAUUUGUCUCUCUUAUGGAUAAGCCACAAGUCGAUUUUGGACUGAAGUUACUAGGUGCAGAUGUAAUGGCGAUUCCUGGCUUAUACCGAUUUGUCCAGGAAAUCAUUAAAGAUCAGGUUGCAAACAUGUACCUAUGGCCAAAGACUUUGAAUGUUCAAAUAAUGGAUCCUUCUAAAGCUAUGAAGAAACCUGUUGGAUUGCUUAGUGUGAAGGUCAUAAAGGCAAUAAAGCUUAAGAAGAAGGAUCUUCUGGGUGGAUCAGAUCCUUAUGUGAAAUUAACACUCUCUGGAGACAAGGUUCCUGGUAAGAAGACAGUUGUUAAACACAGUAAUCUGAAUCCUGAAUGGAACGAAGAAUUCGAUUUGGUUGUUAAAGAACCAGAGAGCCAAGAGCUACAGCUCAUUGUUUAUGACUGGGAACAGGUUGGUAAACAUGAUAAGAUAGGAAUGAAUGUGAUUCAACUCAAAGACCUUACACCAGAGGAGCCAAAACUCAUGACACUCGAGCUCUUAAAAUCCAUGGAACCAAAAGAGCCAGUUAGCGAGAAAUCGCGUGGACAGCUCGUGGUUGAAGUCGAAUAUAAACCUUUUAAGGAUGAUGAUAUUCCAGAGAACAUUGAUGAUCCAAAUGCAGUAGAGAAAGCACCAGAAGGCACACCUUCUACUGGUGGCUUGCUUGUGGUGAUAGUUCACGAAGCUGAAGAUCUAGAAGGCAAAUAUCACACUAAUCCUUCUGUUCGUUUGCUAUUCAGAGGAGAAGAGCGUAAGACAAAGCGUGUGAAGAAAAACAGAGAACCGAGAUGGGAUGAAGAUUUUCAGUUCCCAUUAGAUGAGCCUCCCAUAAACGAUAAGCUACACGUUGAAGUCAUAAGUUCUUCUUCAAGACUAAUUCAUCCCAAGGAAACUCUUGGUUACGUGGUGAUAAAUCUUGGGGAUGUUGUGAGUAAUCGGAGAAUCAACGAUAAGUAUCAUCUGAUUGAUUCCAAGAAUGGUCGUAUUCAGAUUGAGCUUCAGUGGAGAAAUUCUUCUUGACUUCAAAGCUUAUUGGAUUAUGGCAAUAGUGAUUAUGGAUUGUCUUUUUCAUCUAUUUCUUAGAGAAUUCUGGUCAGUAAUUGAAUUAUUCUAUCAAAAAGGAAAAAAGAUUUUUGAACAGAAAAGAAGUGAAGUUAGUUAAUAAAGAGAGAUUGGUCACUGGUUGGUGAAUACUGAAUAGUUGGUAAGCUACUAAGCUUAACUUCUUUGAUAUCAUGAUUUGGUUAAUUCAUACUUUUCGUGUACAAUUUAGUGGUUUGUGCUACUAUCAUUGAAUGUGA